UGACAUUAGCCCUGAUCAAGGUGAAGUAGAAUAGAGUGGUCAUUUGUCAUUCACAGACUGAGGAAAUGCAUAAACCAGACCUGGAGAGAAGAGCCUGAGAAGGGAAACCACACUGGCCAGGGUACCAGUAACUUUGUGCUUUCGAGACAGUUUCUCGUCUGCCACAAAUAAAGGAGGGCAGAGUCAAGACCUAGCAUAUCAUUCCUAUUGCUCCUUGGGAAUUUCCCUUGGGAAUUUCCUCCUUUGGACUAGCACCACUGGCCUCAUCUAGCCAAUGUCAUGGACUUACGGCUCUCUCCAAUGAUCUGCUUUUCAGAUAACAGCAUCCAGUCAAUUUUCUGUUGUUGUUGCUGCUGUUCCAUGCAGAAGAGACAAGUCAGAGCACAUAUAAGCCUGAGCAAAGAUGAAGAAUUUUCAGAAAAAUACACCCAGCGUCGCAGGCUGUGGUUCAGGGAAUUGCCAAGCAAGAAGCAAUCCAACAGAGACCACGUGCAACCAUCAAAACGCAAGCCACUGCCUCCCCUCCCACCCUCUGAGGUUACUGAAGAGAAGAUCCAAGUAAAGGCGCUCUAUGAUUUUCUGCCCAGAGAGCCGUGUGAUUUAGCAUUAAAGAGAUCAGAGGAGUACCUGAUAUUGGAGAAGUAUAACCCUCACUGGUGGAAGGCAAGAGACCGUUUGGGGAAUGAAGGCUUAAUCCCAAGCAACUAUGUGACCGAGAACAAACUAACCAAUUUAGAAAUAUAUGAGUGGUACCAUAGAAACAUUACCAGAAAUCAGGCAGAACGUAUUUUGAGACAAGAGUCUAAAGAAGGUGCAUUUAUUGUCAGAGAUUCAAGACAUUUGGGAUCCUACACAAUUUCUGUGUUUAUAAAAGCUAGAAGAAAUAUGGAGGCUACCAUCAAACAUUAUCAGAUUAAAAAGAAUGACUCAGGACAGUGGUACGUGGCUGAAAGACACCUCUUUCAAUCAAUCCCUGACUUGAUCUGGUAUCACCAGCACAAUGCGGCAGGCCUCAUGACCCGUCUCCGCUACCCAGUUGGACUGAUGGGCAGCUGUUUGCCAGCCACAGCUGGUUUUAGCUAUGAAAAGUGGGAGAUAGAUCCUGCUGAGUUGGCUUUUGUAAAGGAGAUUGGAAGCGGUCAGUUUGGGGUGGUCCAUUUAGGUGAAUGGCGAGCGCACAUCCAGGUAGCUAUCAAGGCCAUCAGCGAAGGCUCCAUGUCCGAAGAGGAUUUCAUCGAAGAGGCUAAAGUGAUGAUGAGAUUGUCUCAUCCCAGGCUGGUCCAGCUCUAUGGAGUGUGCAUCCAGCAGAAGCCACUGUAUAUUGUGACCGAGUUUAUGGAGAACGGCUGCCUGCUGAACUAUCUCAGAGACAGAAGGGGGACGCUUACGAACGAGAUGCUGCUGAGCAUGUGCCAGGAUACCUGUGAAGGGAUGGAGUAUCUGGAGAGGAACUGCUUCAUCCAUAGGGAUUUAGCAGCAAGGAAUUGUUUGGUCAGUGCUGCAAGUAUAGUGAAAAUAUCGGACUUUGGAAUGACGAGGUACGUUUUGGAUGAUGAAUAUAUCAGUUCUUCUGGAGCCAAGUUCCCAAUCAAGUGGUCCCCUCCUGAGGUUUUCCAUUUCAACAAGUACAGCAGCAAAUCUGACGUCUGGUCAUUUGGAGUUUUGAUGUGGGAAGUUUUCACGGAAGGAAAAAUGCCGUUUGAAAAUAAGUCAAAUUUGCAGGUUGUGGAAGCCAUUUCUAGAGGCUUCCGGCUGUACCGGCCUCCACUGGCGCCGAUGGCCGUCUACGAGGUCAUGUACGGCUGCUGGCACGAGAAGCCUAAAGGCCGCCCUACAUUUGCUGAGCUGCUGCAGGUUCUCACAGAGAUUGCAGAAACCUGGUGACUUGAAUGGAAUGCCAACCCAGAGGAUCAUCUCGCAAAAUUAUCACAAAAGGAAAUCCUGCGUGGGGUGACUGAUGACGAACACCUUCCUUUAGAGUGGCUAACUCUUAGAAACAGUGCAAAGAUCACAGGCUUUUCAAACUUUAAAAUUUAAGAAUAUUCUGGAAGUAAUUUUUCUACACGGAUGUUGGAGAGGGACUUCCAAACUCUCCUUUUUUCUGUACUAUUCUUUGUGUCCUGUAUGUGAAGAAGGGAAAAAUGCUCCAUAACCAUCUUCAUAGUGGCUGCUCUUCAUGAGAAUAGCCCUGAGAGCCCCUGAGGGUAUAUGAAAACUUGACCCAUUACAGAGCUGAGGAAAUUUCUUUUCUGAAGAGGAGUGACAUCCUUUACUUCAGGGACUCACUGAAAUAAAGAAAUUCUGCUAACGCAUGGAAUAAAGGAGCCUUCUCUGCAGAAUUUAAUGCUUCUGAGCUGUACAGAUCUUUAUGGAAAAUGCACCUUUACAAACCACAUGAAUGUGAACAUUCUUAAGCUGUCUUUUAUAAUCUUCCUUAUGUUAUUUAACAAAUUGGUUUUACACAUAUCUGAUUAUUUUGGAGACAGUUUCUUGUAUUCCAGUUUUUUUUUUUUUUUUUUACGUAGGCACGGAGCCCAACAUGGGGCUUGAACUCACGGCCCUGAGAUCAAGACCUGAGCUGAAAUCAAGAAUCCCACGCUUAACCAACUGAGCCACCCAGGUGCCCCACUGUGUUCCAGUUUUAAACACUGUGAAGGCAAAGUUCUUUGAACACGACCUGGUGACAUUUCUAUUUCCAGUAAUAUCCAUUGUGAGGGUCAGUUCAGAACCUGAAUUUCAAUGCUAAAAUUUCAUACUUUGUGUGAAAUUGGACAAUUUAAGAGACUUUUAAAAAAAAUGUGUAAUGUACCCAUUUUAUUUUGUUUUCCUCAUAGUGUAAAAGAAUGCUUAUUGCACAGUUAGGUAAAGAAAAGUUAUAUGUUUUGAAGAUUUUAUAUCUUUUUUAAGUUAAAUUCUUAAAAAAUUUUUUUUGAUACAACAUACAAUGUGAUAUUAGUUUCAGAUGUACAACAUAGUGAUUCAGUAUCUCUGUGUGUUACGCUGUGCUCACAAUGUAGCUCCCAUCUGUCACCAUACAAUGCUAUUACAGUAUCAUUGACUCUAUUCCCUAUGCUGUGCUUUUUAUCCCCGUGAUUUAUUUAUUCCAUAACUGGAAGCCUGUAUCUCCCACUCUCCUUCACCCAUUUUGUCCAUCCCCCUAUCCUCUUCCCUAUGGAAACCGUCAAUUCAUUCUCUGUAUGUAUGGGUCUGCUUUUGUAAGAAGCCUCAUUUUGCUGUAGAAAGUACCUCCAGGACCUUUCUAGAAGAUGACUUGUUUUUUUCCCUAAGAACAAGAGGAGGCAAAAACAAGAUACCCAAAUGUUACCUCAAACUCCAUUAUUUCUGAAGCCCAGGGUUUUGAAUUCAAGAUAAAAUAACCAGGAGUCAUAAUUAAAUCUUAAUUUCUCAUGCAUUGUUUGUAGAAAUGAUUGGAAAUUUAUCUUUGUCAUUGUGAGUGCUUCACAAUUCCCAUAGGAGGAAGGGUGUGGCAGAAAGUACAGAUGUUAUCACCAUAAGGUUUCACAAUGGGAUGCUGUCCCACCCUGCAUCAUGGUUCUGCAUUAGGAUUCUCAUUAGAAUCUAAGCUGCUGGCUGGUAGUAGUUGUGACUUUUAAGUCGUAUUUCCCCACUGCCAAAAUGACAUAUCUCAAUAUCCGUGGUGCUCGGUCAACACGCACUGAAAUAAUGAGCAUCAGGCACGAGAGUGUUCAACUCUGAUAAUUCGAGUGGUGGUCUCAGAAAUAUUUGUAUGAGACCCUGUGCUGUUUCUGAAACGAUCAUAACCCUUUUCCUCAUGACUAUGGGAGGUGAGACAGGCCUCCUACUACUGAGACCCUAGUUCAAGUGAGAUAUGCCAGAGUUUAGUGCAAGAGGGUAUGAGACUAUCAAACAGCAAAAGCCAAGACCAGGGGGAAGGUUGAUGUUAUAACCAACUGAAAAGUUAGGGUCAACUACAGAAUCUCUGCCAUCAGUGCAAAGCCGGGAGACAGAGUACGGAUCAAGAAUGAGGCCAGAGGGGCACCUGGGUGGCUCAGUCGUUAAGCGUCUACCUUCAGCUCAGGUCAUGAUCCCAGGGUCCGGGGAUCGAGCCCUGCAUCGGGCUCCCUGCUCAGCGGGGAGUCUGCUUCUCCCUCUGACCCUCCCUCUUCUCAUGUGCUCUCUCUCUCUCUCUCUGUCA